GGCAGGUGGUGGAGGAGGAGGAGGUGGUGCUGGGGAGACUCCACAGAAGUCAGUAAGUCGGGUGACCUCGCUCGACCUCACCCAAAGAAACCCGCACCACCCUGCUGACCCACCCGAGCAUGAGAGUGGAGAGAACGGGUUCCUAUCUCCUGGGAGUCUCCGCAACUCUCUCGCUGACGACACCUGUUCGGAGAUACUUCGCCUUGAGCAGCGGGAGGACGAGGAACAGAAGAAGAGCGCCUUUGCCAAGCUUGUCUCCACUCUUCAGCUUUUACGGUUGUGGGCUACGGGGAAGCAUCAGGAGGAGCAAGAGAGACCCGACAGUUUUUUGGAGAAGAUGGCCAUGGCCGGGCAGGUGCGUGAGGCUGAUGAUACCACACACACCGUCUGCUGCGGCGCCCUCAGGGGGUACUUCGCCAUCGACACAACCAAACCUGCCCACUACAAGUGGUUGUUCGUGAUGACGGCGGCGUUGCUGUACAACUGGGUGAUGAUCAUCGGACGGGCAGUUUUCUGGGAGCUACAUAACCUCAGUCCUGCUCUCUGGCUCUCACUAGACUACAUCUGUGACAGCGUCUACCUCAUUGACAUGAUCAUCCGUGCCCACGAAGGCUACCUGGAGCAGGGCCUCAUGGUGAAGGAUCCCUCCAAGUUGAGAAAAAACUACGUGAAGUCAUGGACGUUCAGACUGGACUUGGUCUCUAUUUUCCCUACUGACCUCCUCUACCUGGCAACAGGCACCAACUGUGAUACCCACGUGCCCUGUCCUGUACUUGUUAGGUUCAACAGGCUAUUAAGAAUCCCGAGGAUGGGGGAGUUUUUUGACAAGACGGAGACUCGCACAAAUUUCCCUAACGCCUUCCGCAUCUGCAAGGUGGUGCUCUACAUCCUGGUCAUCAUCCACUGGAACGCCUGCUUUUACUUCGCCAUCUCCUAUGCCAUCGGCUUUGGUACUGACGGCUGGGUCUACAAGAACAUCACCAUAGGGAGGAACGGUACAUUCUCCCAUCAGUACAUCUACAGCUUCUAUUGGUCAACAUUAACGCUGACGACGAUAGGAGAGACGCCUCAGCCAGAGAAGGAUGUGGAGUACCUCUUUGUGGUGGUGGACUUCCUGGUGGGGGUACUCAUCUUCGCCACUAUCGUCGGGAACGUUGGCUCCAUGAUCACCAACAUGAAUGCCGCCAGGGCAGACUUCCAGAACCGCAUGGACGGGGUGAAACAGUACAUGGAGUUCCGCAAGGUGUCAAAAGACCUGGAGACGAGAGUGAUCAAGUGGUUCGACUACCUGUGGAGCAACAAACAGUCGCUUGAUGAGGAGGGGGUACUGAAGUCACUGCCAGACAAGCUGAAGGCAGAGAUAGCCAUCCAUGUACAUCUGGACACGCUCAAGCAAGUGCGAAUCUUCCAAGACUGUGAACCUGGACUGCUGGUUGAACUUGUUCUAAAACUGAAGCUACAGGUGUUCAGCCCUGGGGACUUUGUGUGUCGCAAGGGUGAUGUGGGGAAGGAGAUGUACAUUGUCAAGCGGGGGAAGCUCUCCGUCGUCGCAGAUGAUGGUAAAACCAUCUAUGCCACACUCGGGGCAGGCAGUGUCUUUGGUGAGGUGUCGAUCCUGAACAUCGCUGGCAACAAGACGGGAAACAGACGGACAGCCAACGUGAGGAGUGUUGGCUAUUCUGAUUUAUUCUGUCUCUCCAAGGAUGACCUCUGGGAUGCCCUAACAGAGUACCCGGAGGCCAAGAAGUCACUGAUGGAGCGGGGUCGGCAGCUCUUGAUGAAGGACGGACUGCUAGACGAGGAGGGCCUCAAGGCUGCUGAAGUUCAACAGGAGACCAUCACAGACAAGAUUUCCCGCUUCGAGACAUCCAUCGACACUCUUAAUACCCGGCUGGCUCGGCUACUGGCUGAGUACUCAAGUACCCAGCAGAAGGUCAAGCAGAGACUCACCAGGAUUGAGCGACGCUAUGACUUUGACUCGGACGUGACGAACCCUGCCUCACCCAGGCUCAGUCCUUACUUCUCAGUCUCCCCUAGGGGCAGUUUGUGCCCAUCACCAUUCCCGCUUGGGGCUGCACCUUCAUCUCGUCGGCGGGACACCUUUUCUGUUGCCUCUGGUCCCCCUCCCACCGUUGAGGAGAGCCAUGCCAAUGUCUCCUCCAUAUCCACCCCUCAGGAUACCAUCAACCCCACCCAAAACUCAACCCCCAGUGUGCCACCUGCGCCCAGUGAUACCACAGGGGGUAGCAACGACAAUAGUCAUCCAACUACACAGCAGUGCUCGUCCCUCCUUUUGCCUACACCCACCAUUAUUGUGCCUCCGUCACCUAUGCGCAGGGACACUAUCUAACAGUACCAAUAACUUAUUGUACAUAAUUUAUCACGUAAUACAACAUCUGGAGAUUUAUAUGCAUAUUUCUGAAAUGCAUGAAGUUAUUGUACUACAGGUAAUAGCUUUAAUUUCACACUACAGUACAGUACUGUACAUUAAAUUGCUAUUAUCCUUAAGGACACUGUCUUGUUUUAUAUAUAAUUACUGUGCUAUUGGUAGUUUAAUUGUAUCCAGAUAUGUUGUGCAGUCCCUCAUUUAAUAGUUUAAUUUCAACAAAAGCUGGGGUGAGCAGUUCUCAUGGUAUUUUAUUACUUUUAGAUAAUGUACACAUAAAUGUUAAAUGCAUUAUGUGCAAGGGAAAACUCUUCUCCAUGUUUUGGCUAAAAACCAGAACUGAAAUGUACCCUAAUAUGGGAUUUUAUCUUCCAGUGCUCUUGUAAUUAGGUGAUUAUAGGCUACUCUAAUGAAAUAUAAUAACACAUUAUUACCUCAUUUCAGCAGUACCUCAUAGUGAGAUCAGGCUAGUACACCCACCUAGAACUACAUUAGAUUUAAUUUUAUGAUAAAGGUAAAGGAAUUUGCAGAAUAAUCUAUAUAACCAUUAAGUAGUUAAACAAACAAUAUGUAUAGACAAAAUAUUCAUUUAUAGUGAGAUUCAUCUGUCUGUAGGUCAUAUAUUACAGUGAUGUGUUUAGCCACAGCAAAGAGUCUUGUUACACCUCCCUAGUGUUAUGUUCUGGAACCCUUGAUGAAUAAUUGGGGAAAUAUAACAGCAAAGCUUCAAGGCUCGAGUCUGCAUGGGAAACUUUACCCAAAUUGUUCAUCAUGGAUUUCAGAACAUAUGGCACGGUAAGUGUAACGUGACUUUUUUUUGGCUUUCAUCCGAAUACUUCAGAAAAUGACAUUCACUCUAAAAUCUGCAAAGUGAUAGAGGAAAUUGUUUUAAUCCUCAGACUGUGGUGACUCGAUGUAUCUUACCUUUUAUAUACGAACAGCUUUACAGACUCCAUUAGUCGAUGACCACAUCUAACAUUUGUGAGUGCUCUCUUUCCAUCCUAUCUUUCAACUCCGUUCAAACUUCCUGUAAUUAUCUCUUAUAACUUUUGAUAUACUGUACUUUAUCAUCUCCAGCAUAUUUUUAUAUCACUUCUAUUCUGGUUCCCCAUCACCUGUCUAAAUAUUUCACACCUUGAAUUAAUUAUAUUCCUACCUGCCCAUAAUACUGCAGUCUCUCAAAGUGAGGGUAGUCUCUUGUUAGUGGAUCUCCUGCUUACACUCCACACUUCCCACAAUAGUAAUUCACACCGUAAAUGGAAGAAAAAUUUAAUCCGGUUGGCUUGUGCUUAUUACAAAUUUUACUUUAAUGAUAAUUAUAAAGACUAGAUGAAAGCACACGUACACAUUGCUAAAGGUGGUCGAGAAAAUUGAACAGGGCCAACGUGUAUUUUAUUCAACCCAAUUAAUACUAACGGUAAUUUACUGACUCUGAACAUGUAGUCUUACAAUCAAUCAGUUUUUAAUUACAGUGUAUGGGCUUAGAUAAUAACAAGUUAAACAUAAAAACAGAACUACUGUAUUUAGAUAAAUUCAAUGUGAACAUUCCCUGGUUCAUGAGUACAGGUACAGUUUGUAUUUUAAAAGUAAUAUCUCUAUAAGCUGGAAUCCCUCUUAGCCAGAACUCUCCAAAAGCCAGAAUUGAAAUUUGUUCAGAAUUUUUCCUGAAAAUUCCAGGUUUGGGAACGAUUUUGCGAGGUUGAAAAUCAGGCGCUUUUUCUGGAAAAUUCAGAGAAAAAUUCUGGAACUCUACAUUUUAUUUCCGGGUCUGGGAGCAAAUUCCGAGGAUGAAAUGAUGUGUAAUUCUGGAAAAUUUUGAGAUAAUUCCAGAAACUAUCCACUUUUUUUCUGGGUCUUGGAGAAAAUUCCGAGGAUGAAAUAAUGUGCCAUUCUGGGAAACUCCAGAAACGCCCCCCAAUUUUUUUUUCAAGGUCUGGGAGCAAAUUUCGAAGAUGAAAUAAUGCACAAUUUCUGGAAAAAUUCUGGGAAUGGGGUAUUUUUUCCAGGUUUGAGAGAGCCAUCUCAUUAUCUGGAAAUGUCUCAUUCCUGAAAGUGCUCUGUACCAAUUGUUCCGGCUAACGGGGAUAUCAUCGUAGUUUGAUUAGUGACAAAUUUUAAUUAAAAACAAAAUACUAAAGUAAUAUUUCUGCUAGCUGGUAUCUUCAAACCUUGGAACUCUCAUACCCAGAAUAUUUUUCUUAUCAUUCCGAGAAAUUCCGAGAAAAAAUCUCCAUUCCAGGCAUUCGAACGAAUUUCCGAGUGAUUGCUUCAUGUUUCUGAUUCGGGGACGUGUGCCAGGCACAUGGGUAGGUAGACUCAAAGUGCUUGUGAGCUACAAAUGUCCAUUAUACUGUCAUGUGACUGCAUUGGAUGCCUAUGAUUGGCUGAUGUAUCUUGUAGCCUAUCUCCUCAAGCUCUAGCAUCAUGACAGUCUUAGUUCAGUGUCUGCUGCCAUUGCACAAUCUUGUUUGCUCGCUCACUCUGUUUUUGCAUACAUUCUCUGUUGUGCAGUACGUACUAUACAUUACUAUACUGUACCAACAUAUAAUCGGCUAAGAAUACUGUUAAAGCAGUGGUAAAGCAGCGUUAAGAUGUAGAAAGUGAUUACAGUUAUGUAUACUGUACUGUACAUUCAGUAAGUGUGAAAGUACCAUGCGUAAUGUACUGUGCAUAAUAGAGUGAACGGUAUGUGCUAUUGUGUAGAGGGUGUAUGUAUACAGUGAGUGUACAAUCCCUCCUUCAUGGAGGGAGAGGAGAUUGAAAGUUUGCAACACCUGCUACAGGAGAUGGUACAGCACAAAGGCAGGCCAUCCUGUAUCAUAUCACCAUUUGACCUGCCUGCAUCACAAGAUCAAGACAACACCAUUUGCUGGUGAGUACAAUACAGUAUACUGUACUAGUGUAUACAGUCGUAUAUUUUGUUUAUUUACAAUAUAUUAUACGUGUACUGUAGUGUUUGCAUAUAUAAAUACAGCUCUGAGUCUGUCCAACUCCAGCCCGAUGAGGAAACAUUUGCCAGUCCUGGGAAAUUUUCUGGGGAUGAGAAAUUUUGUCGAAGUACUGUACCCGGAAAUCUCUCAAACCCCGAACCGCUCUGCCCCAAUUAUUCUGGCUAAGGGGAGAUUACUGUACAGACCUAAAACAGUUCAAUACAUGAAAGAUUAAGAAGAAUGUCUUCUGUAUUAACUAUUUUUUGUAUAGAAAUCAAAAUACUGUACUGUACUCCAAUAAAUCUCUGGCCGAGUGAAAAAAGGGCCAUUGUCAAAAAAUUUUCAGGAGAGGCAAAAUAUAAUUUCAAAUCCUAUUAAAAAAUCAGCCUUUAGGUACAUGUAUACAAGGCAAAUGCAAGAUGAAAGUGCAAAUCGGAAGUGCCAUUAGAGUGACUUUGGCUCUUUUUGUAUUAAGGUGACCUGAAGUUUUGCAACCAAUACUCUAUAACAGUACGUAAUUAAGUUCUUGGAUGUUGUAAGUGUUCAUAAUGUAGGGUAGGAAGUGGACACAGAAAUUUUAUUUUAAUUUAUUCAAACAAAAAUACUGUACUGUAUAUAAAACCAAACUUAUAAUGGCAUGGAUACUGUAUUUGCCAUAAGCAGCUUCAAAAGCAUUGCAGUUUCUGAAACUUGUAAUCUAACAUAAAACACGAUUUACUAUACUCACAGGAGUAUUUUACUGAAUUUAUUACAAAAACAUGAUAACCCAAGAAUCCUAAACAACACUUGUUAAAAUAAUACUAAUGCUAAUUAUCAUUUUCAAGUAAAAAUUGGUAGGAACAUGAUAAAAUACAAAAUAACCUGUGAUAUUUCAAUACUAACAAGCUUCCAUUAGCUACUAGACAUCUUAGAUUUCCAUCUCCUGUGAUUCAUCUUCAUGAUCAUCAUCAUUCCCCAACUUGUCCCUCUUUAAGGCUUUGUAGAAGAGUUGGUUGCCUUCUGAGAUAUAAGGAAGGAUAUCCUUUGUGAACCAGUUAACCCUGCUUAGCCCUUCCUUUGUUGUUAAGAUUGUACUCUUCUUGUUCCUCCCAAAAGUAAAGCUUGGUAUAACACUGGCCCAAAACACCUUGCCUGCUCACAAAACCAUUGAAGAUAGAGAUUUUCUCUCCUUGCACUAAAAAGUACUUCAUUUAAGGUAUUGUUUCAUGGGUUAAAGUCAAAAUUGGCAUUUUUGGACUUUGGCUCCUUUUGCACUCGGCCAGAGAAAUUAUCUUAUACAGUGGUUCUUAACUUGGUGGACGUUUCAAUUUCUGACGAAGAAUAUAUUUUCCCACUGAAAUAAAUUCAUAAUUAAAAAAUUGGCAUGGCAGCGUAAACUUGCGAUUCAAUAAUCUCAGUCUUAAAUUCAUGUGUUAUUGCCAGAGAUGUCAUGCUAUUCCAGGGGUCCCCCACUAGGAUAAUAUAACAUUUUCAGAGGUAAAGAAUUAAUAGAAAAACUAACAUAAAAUAUGGAAAUUUAGAUGCAAAAACAAUGCUGGUGUUUGAAUGUGUAUCAGAGCUACAGUUCUGUUUGACUAAGCUGGGACAAUGUUACCAUAGCUUGGUGGUUCCCAAUUUAUUUUAAGCACUUCCAGAAUAGCUACAGAUAUAUACGGUGGUCGGUCAAUCCAACCCGUCAACUUGACCUUCGUCAACUUCAACCCCUGUCAACUCAAAUCUGUUUACUUAUUUGGAUCUGGAAAGGCAAUAAAGAUGAUGUACUAGCUGGAACUUGAAAACUGUGUUUUUAGGCCCUAAUGAGAUUGGGGGGCACCAUGGAUUCAAGGCUGAUUAUAGGAGAUUGCAGCUCCAAAAGCUUGAGAACCACUGAUUUAUUGCUUCCUGAAUUAAUUUUAAAGGACAUUUUAUUCAAUCAUGCUACAUUAAGCAGUGUUGCAACAUAUUUUGUUACACAAAUUUAUCAAGAUUGUUCUAGCCGAGGAAAUGCAACAAAACUAGGAAUCUAGGAUAAAACUAUAUUAUACUUGGAAAUAUUGUACGUAUAUUUGCAUUUUUCUAAGACCGGGAAACCCUAAGAUAUACCUGAAUAAAAUAUGUUUCAGGUGAAAGCAUAAUGAAGUUACUUAUAGAUAAUAUGGAGGCAAUGAUGUACUACUUCUGUUUACUUACUCUACAUUGUGAAAUUACUUGUUCAUCAGAGAUAUUGUAGAAUCAAAGAUGAUAAUUGUAUUUUUUCAGAAACCAACGCACAAAGCAAAAGUGUAUUCUGAAGUAUUUAGAUUAUUUAAAGUAUACAUGUCAGUAAUUUAGAUGAUAAAUUAUUUCAUACUUGUCAAAAACUUUGAGAUUGUGUGAUCUUCAUGUCAAUAUCCUUAAUCCUCUGGUUGCAAAAAUUUACCCUUAGUUGAAUAAAAUUAGCUGAUUUUAACCAGAAUAAAAUCCUUAAAGUUUUUCAUAGCACUCAGAGGGUUAAUGGCCAUAAGUAGAUGACACUAGAUUUGUGUUACUGUAUUGUAUAUUCACGUAAUUCAAAUUUUUCUGUUUGGGAAAAUUAAUAAUUUGUGCCAGACUCUUGUUUUGUUUGAUCAUCUUCAGUUUUACAUUUAUUUGUUGAUUCACAGUCACAGGAUCUGUUAUGCUGAGAGCUACAUUACCAGUGUACUGUGUUUUUAUCUAUAUAUUUAUAUUACGGUACAUUGUCCUCUCUGGAACCUGACAGAUGGCCUUAAGUAAAUUUUUCUCAAAACAUUAUAGGCAUUGGUCAUCUCCACCCAUUCUUUUAUUUAAGACUGAGCCAAUACUUGUUCGCCUCUCAGUUUAUGUAAAUAACCACUAAUUCAUUUGUCACCAUUAAGUGUAACUAUAGUAUUGGUCAUUCAUUCAUUCAUAUUAAAGGGAACUGAUUACAGUAUUUAUUUUUCUUCUUACUCAGUCAGAAUAGUAAAAAAAGCUUCAUUAAAUUUUUGGGCAAUGAAUAUCUACUUGCCUCACUGUCAUUGGAUAAUAGAGUUGGAGUGAAUGUAAUGUUGUUUUCUUAAGAAUUUAAUGCUAUGACAAUGUUAUUAAUAAUAAUUUUUCUAACAACAUAUCUAUUCCAUUGUUCUAUCUGAGACCAUAUAAGGUUGAAUAGGUGCACCAAGUGUCACUAAUGGUAUAAAACUUCAAGUUGAAGGGGAGGAAUUGUUGAUGUGUACAGUAGCAGUGAAGUGUUGAGAUAUAUUUGCUAGCACUGUACAGGUAACAGGUGUAAAGCUGUGGUAAGGUAAUUGUUUUAGUUAUAUAGUGCUCUUGCUUGAAGUAGUAAUAACACUGGUAAGAAUAUCAGUUUAUUGAAAUGGGUAACUAUGGUAUUUUAGCAAAAGCUUAAUUGUUGUACAUUUCUGGCAAAAGUUGUAGCUUAGCAGCAGAAAACUGUAGUAUAAUAGCUUAAAGGUAGAGUAUGAUGGCAUGGGUUACUAGAGCUAUGCCCAUCCCCUAGUCGCUGCUGCAUUUUCUAGGUUGGCAUCUUGGGUUUGCGGUGGAGAGCAAUGAGGGGAGGGGACAUCCUGUUCUGGUUUAAAGGCCCGUCCACACGAUCGAGCAGUGCCCGGCGGGCACGCGCUAAAUGCCCAUUAUCAGGCAAAAUUGACGGGCAAACCAGCGGAUUGCCCGUGCCCGUCGUUGAGCGAAUCAUGGUCCGCCUGCUGCCAGAUAUGGAGCGACGACUCUGCCAGACAAACGAUAAAACCGGAAAACCGACAUCCUUAUAUAUUGUCAUUAAUAUUCAACAUUACACAAGCCUGCAAUACAAGACACGUGUUAUUAUUGUAACCUCACGUGACUGUCAAAAAGAGCUAAUCACUACGCCACCGCUGACCUCGGGGGUCAGGAUCCUCAUGUUGGUGAGGUAUGAACAGAGAUACUGACAUAACGUAUGCUAGCACUUCGUAAAACCUGAGUUAAGUACUGCAAAUGUGAUACAUAUAUGUUCCCCGCUCGGUCCAGAUGUCCAGUGUAUAACCAAAUAAGCUUAUGCAAUGUACAUUAUUGGCAUAUGACAAU